AUGACUUCGGAUCUUGAGGAGGCGUCCUUGAGUUCCGAGAUAGUUCCAGAUUCAGAGGCGACUCGGAUGGAGGCUGACGAGGAUGAAGGCCUUGUAGCCACUGCUCCAGAUAAGGGCUCUGAUGUUGAUGUGGGCUCCAUGCCUCAGGAGCUCAGUGCCCCGGUAGCGGCAGGGGCUAUGACUCAAGGAGAAGAGCCUGAAGUUGAUGACGUGCCUGAGCACCAAGUGGUUGCUGCCCCCAUGGACAUAGGUCGUGAAGAUGAGGGAGUUGAACUCUUCGUGGUCGAGGUUCUGACUGUUGAAGGCGCAAGUCAAAUGGAAGAAACCGUGGCUAGAGAUGAAUUGGCUGGCGAAGGCCAAAGAGAAGUGGUAGUUGAUAAUGCUGAGGCGACAGUUCAGGUGAAUGAAGAGCAAGUAGACGUCCUCAUAAGAGAGGGUCAAGUCAGUGAGACUGGUAUUGAAGAACUCAAGCAGGAAUUCACAUACCUCGAGAUAGAGAUGGUUCAGAGGAAGGCCAUGAGGGCCUCAUUGGUCAAAGAUUUGUCCGAACUCAAUCGCACAAUUAAGUUGAAAACUGUGGCGAUAACAGAGGAGACUCAAACGGUGGUGAAACUGAAGAUUAGCAUAAACCCUAAACAAGUAUUUAAGGUUACCUAUUGGUCUUCUUCUGAAUCAAAUGAUGAGUUGCAGAGAGCGAACAUAAAGUUGGGGACAUUCAAGGCAAUGAUAAAGGUGAACCAGGAGAAGAACCACAAGCAUCUCCCAUACUUAGUUGCCCACAUAGUCGAGAUUUUGGAAAUGAAUCUGGAGGAUGAUGCUGAAGAGGAAGGUGCGAAUGUUGAUCUAGAUUCCCAAGGGAAGGGAAAGAGUGUUGUGCUUAAAACAUCUACACGUAAGACCAUAUUUUUGCCUUUUGUUGUGCUCGUAGAUCCUGACAAGCUUAAACCUGGUGAUUUAGUUGGGGUGGAUAAAGACAAUUAUGUGAUAUUAGAUACUUUGCCAUCUGAGUAUGAUUCGUGUGUUAAGGCCAUGGAAGUUGAUGAAAAGCCUACUGAAGAUUCCAUUGACUUAGGAGGUCUUGAGAAGCAGAUUCAAGAAUUUGUUGAGACUAUUGUUUUACCUAUAACCCACAAGGAAAGGUUUCAGAAAUUAGGAGUUCGUCCACCCAAAGGAGUUCUUCUCUAUGGACCUCCUGGAACAGGCAAAACUCUAAUGGCACGUGCAUGUGCUGCUCAGAUCAAUGCUACUUUUUUGAAGCUUGCAGGUCCCCAAUUAGUUCAGAAGUUCAUUGGUGAUGGACAAAAUCUUGUGCGUGAUGCAUUUCAACUUGCUAAAGAGAAAUCCCCCUGCAUCAUUUUCAUAGAUGAGAUUGAUGCAAUAGGAAAAAAACGAUUUGACAGUGAAGUGAGUGGUGAUAGACAGGUGCAGAGCACAAUGUUAGAAUUGCUGAAUCAGCUUGAUGGUUUCAGCAGUGAUGACCGGAUAAAGGUCAUAGCGGCAACCAAUCGAGUAGAUAUUCUCGACCCGGCUCUUAUGCGUUCGGGUCGUGUAGAUCGCAAGAUAGAGUUCCCUCACCCAACUGAAGAAGCAAGGGUGAAAAUCUUGCAGAUACAUUUGAAGAAAAUGAAUGUUCAUCCUGAUGUGAAUUUUGAAGAGCUCGCACGUUUUGCUGAUGAUUUUAAUGGGGCACAGUUGAAAGCUGUUUGUGUUGAAGCUGGCAUGCUGGUAUUGCGACGUAACGCAACUGAGGUUAUCCAUGAAGAUUUCAAUGAAGGGAUUAUUCAAGUUCAGGCUAAGAAGAAGGCGAGCCUAAAUUACUAUGCAUAGUGUAGAUAUAAUGUUUUCAUUGUAAUGCUGAGUCUGAGAGAGCAUCUUUUCUCUCCUCAUUUCCUCUCAAGUCAUUGUAUUUGUGCUGUUGAAUAAAAAAUUUGAAAAAUAGCUGUGUGGUCCCUAUGCUGAGGGCUGUCCCCACUAAACCAAAGAAAAAAAGAAUUGAGGAACUCCUCUUGUGUUCCUUUUGGCAUUUGACCUUGCAACUAGUUAUGAUAGGUGCUGGUUACAGACAAUGGUUGGGCAUAAAGUGAAAAUUGUAGUACGUGAUUUUCUUCUGGACGUUCUACCUUAGGCACCUGAGCCCCUGAAUUACAGGCAUGUUUUCAAUCCCCUUGCACCCCUGCACAUGUGGACACAUAUAUUGUGCCGGGCCACAUGAAUCUAUGAAAAGGUUAACAGAAAUUCGUAUCAGUAGUGACUAAUCAUUGAAUAUAAUUGAUCUUUUUAAUGUAAUAUAAUUGGUCUUUUGAAAAUGUAUUUUUUUUUUGGUUAAAGUUGUUUUAAAAAUGUAUGAUGAUAUGGAACAUACGUUCAUUGAUAAGAUAUUCUUUACUUAGGAUUUUUUAUGGUUAUUAAUGGUAUUUCUCUAUUGUAAAGAAGUUUUGAUAUGAUGUUGCCUGAGCCGAUUGAACCAAACCGGUCAAUCGAUUUGAGUGAAGAGGCAGGCUAUCAGCACCACCCAGUGCAACAUCUCUAAUUGUUUAUGAGCUUGUUUUUUUCUUUUUUUUUGUUGGGGAAUUAUUGUGAGUUUGUUAAUUGAGACUACGAAUGGAAUG